GUCCCAAAGCUGGCUAAACAGGCUGUACCGGAAAUAGACGUGGCAAACGACUGGAUACUUCCUGUUCGCUGUGUUGACAAAUGAAAGAGAGACAGCCAGAUGGAUUCAUAAUUUUACGAUAACUCCAAAGCUAACCCGGUUUUAACUCAGGUUAGCUAUCUCAUGCCUUGGCAGGCACCGUAGAAGGUAGUUAGCGAUCGAGCCUUGCAGGGGUAAUGGACGGGACUCGGCUGUUGUUCGUGUUGUUUGGGGGUUUGUUGGAGGUGUAUUGUGGUGUGUCGGCUAACAGAGGUGGAUCUCCUUCGUUUACUGAUGAAAUCCCAUUCAAAAUUAACUGGCCCGGGGCCGAAUUCACCCUGCCAACCUCAGGUGCCUUCUACAAAGAAGAUGACUUUGUCAUUAUGACAACAACAGAGAAGGAGAAAUACAAAUGUCGCCUGCCUUCCUUGUCAAAUGGAGAUGGUGAUGAUGACAAGGUGUACGCUGGUCCCACUCCAGGUGAUCUGCUGGACCCACUGUUCAAAGAGAGCAGCUGCUCCUACAGAAUUGAGUCAUACUGGACGUAUGAGGUUUGUCAUGGGAAACAUGUGAGACAAUACCAUGAGGAGAAGGAGACGGGACAGAUCAAAGUUCAGGAGUACGUCUUGGGAAGCAUGACCAAGACGACAGAGUCUUCAGCCACUUCAGGAACAGAAAUUGCAGAGGUAGAGAAAGUUGAGGAGAUGGAUCCCACGCCAGAAGCUGAGAAAGAGGUUCCCACUAAGAACGUGGAGGGCCAGCUGACUCCAUACUACCCGGUGUUGAUGGCCCACGGGACGGCGUGUGUCCUGAAACAGAACACGCCUCGCUCCACCAAUGUGCUGUAUGUCUGCCACCCCGAAGCCAAGCACGAGAUCCUCUCUAUCGCUGAGGUCACUACCUGCGAGUACGAAGUAGUGGUGCUGACCCCUCUGAUCUGUGCACACCCUAAAUACAGGUUCAAGUCGUCCCCUGUGAAUGCCAUCUUCUGCCAGGCCAUGUCUGGUUCUCCCCUGCGGCCUCAUAGUCUCUCUCAGAUGGACCGGGAGCAGGAGGAGCUGCUGAAACCUCCCUUCACUGCCGCUGCUGCUGCCCCGGAAAGAGAAGAGGAGAGUACGUCCCCCAUGAGAGAGGAGGCCUUCUCCUCUACCCAUAAGCCCCUGGUGGUGGGCGGGCAGACCCAGGUUACUGUGGGAACCACCCACAUUUCCCGUCUGACAGACGAGCAGCUGAUCAAAGAGUUCCUGAGUGGCUCCUACUGUCUUCAUGGGGGAGUGGGAUGGUGGAAGUAUGAGUUCUGCUAUGGGAAGCAUGUACAUCAGUACCAUGAGGAUAAGGAGCAGGGGAAGAACAUUGUGGUAGUGGGCAGUUGGAACGCUGAGGAACAUCUGCAGUGGGCUCAGAAGAACGUGGCCAGAUCUUACCAGUUCAAAGACCACGGAGUGCAGAAAGUAAAACUGGUGUCUCUCUUCUACGGCCAUGGGGACGUGUGUGACCUGACGGGGAAACCCAGACAGGUCAUCGUCAAGCUCAAGUGUAAGGAGUCUGAGUCUCCCCAUGCCGUCACUGUGUACAUGCUGGAGCCUCAGACCUGCCAGUACGUCCUUGGGGUUGAGUCUCCAGUUAUAUGCCAGAUCCUGGACACAGCUGAUGAGAAAGGCCUUCUCUCCAUCUCCAGCUAACAGCACAGACAGAGGAGGCUGAAGAGAUGGCGAAAAGGAGGGAUGAACAGAA